AUGGUUACUCAAAUCACCACCGCUGAGCAAUUCAACGAGGCCAUCAAGUCCUCCAAGUUGGUUGUUGUCGACUUUUACGCUACCUGGUGUGGUCCUUGUAAGAUGAUUGCUCCAUUGGUGGAGAGAUUUGCCAACGAGUACACCGACGCUGAGUUCUACAAGGUUGACGUUGACGAGCUCGGACAAGUUGCGCAGCAACAGGAGGUGAGCGCUAUGCCAACCAUCCUUUUCUUCAAGAACGGCCAGGUCAUUGACAAGAUUGUGGGUGCCAACCCAAAUGCCCUGAAGCAGAAGAUCGCUGCCAACAUCUAA